UUAUACCCAAAGCCGAUAUACGAUAGCAUUCCGAUAUACUUUGAAGAGACCGAUAUCCAAAAGCAUGCAAACAGGAGUCAGCUUUUUCGACAAGAAAGCUCCGAAAGUCGCCAUUCGUAGUCUCUUUGACAAAUACGAUGCGAACAGCAAUGGGAAGCUUGAAGAACAGGAAAUGCAGUUCCUUCUGGUAGGAGACCUAGGCUUCAGUCAGGAACAAUCCUGGGCCUAUUUUCUACUGUUGGACAAAAAUGGGGAUCAUAAUAUCUCCUUUGAAGAAUUCCAAGACUGGCUUCGCAGCGGGGAACGCUUCGAAAUUUUGAACGACAAAGGCAAGUAUCACUCCCUCUCGGAAGCACUUAAUUACUUCAAAAGUUUUGACACAGACAACAGCGACACCCUUGACCGAGUCCAGUUCGAAAAGAUGAUGAAGUUCUUUGGCUAUGAAAGUAUAAACAUGGAGAAGGCGUUUGCGGAGAUCGAUAAAGACGGAAAUGGAGCAGUUUCUUUUUGGGAGUUCAUGGUUUGGUUAAAAUGGGUACCAGUUCUCAACUAGCUGUUACUGGCAUAACUGAACCUUUUGCCUACUUUUAUGCAGCAAAUUUGAUAUGUCCUCCUUGAAAUUUUAGUAUGUGAAGUACCCGAUUGAUGUACGUUAUUAAAGUAAAAUGCAUCUCAACGCUCUAGGGCUCUAGGGUUCACCAGACCUUGACUAUACAGGACGUGAGGCAGAAGAACAAUCAAAUUUAACUUUGAGUUUUGUACCUAAGGAACGAAAAGGAUGUUUUAUUUAUGCCAGG